GUUCAAGGAGUAGCGGUAGUCAGUUGUGGUCGUGGUCAUCAAUUACUUCUAAGUUUUACAUCUGCAGAACUGGUCCCCCUUCCCUUAAAACCAGAAGGGUGACAGUUAAGAAUGCAAAACAACGGGAAACUUGCUGGCUUGACGUUGUUCAUCACUGGAGCCUCCCGUGGAAUUGGGAAAGCGAUCGCUCUGAAAGCAGCUCGCGAUGGGGCAAAUAUUGUGUUGGCGGCCAAAACAGCCGAACCACAUCCAAAGCUACCAGGAACGAUCUACACAGCAGCUGCCGAAAUUGAGGCCGCUGGUGGAAAGGCCUUGCCGUGCAUAGUGGAUGUGCGCAGUGAGGAAGCGGUGCGGGCCGCAGUGAAGAAAGCAGUUGCCACAUUUGGCGGUAUCGAUAUCCUGAUCAACAAUGCGAGUGCUAUUGCGCUAACGCCGACUGAGGAAACGGAUAUGAAGCGAUACGAUUUGAUGCACAAUAUCAACACCAGGGGAACUUUUCUCGUGUCAAAAGAAUGUCUCCCGUAUCUGCGCAAGAGUCGACAUGCCCAUAUUUUAAACAUGUCGCCACCGCUAGACAUGGACCCGGAAAUGUUUAGCGACCACGUAGCCUACACGAUCGCCAAGUACGGAAUGUCGAUGUGUGUUCUAGGUAUGGCCCGGGAGUAUGAGAGCGCCAACAUUUCCGUAAACGCUCUAUGGCCUCGCAAGAUUGUUUUUACCACAGCGGUGGAGGUGCGUCGUGGAAAGGAAAGCAUUACAUAUGCGAGGAGCCCGCAAAUCAUGGCUGAUGCUGCGUAUGCGAUUCUGUGCCGCCCACCAGGAGUCACCACCGGAAGAUUUUUCCUUGAUGAAGAAGUACUAGCGGAAGAGGGUGUGAAGGAUUUGGCUCAAUAUGCUCAUGUUCCGAAAAAUUCGCCCACCCUUACUUCGACUAUAUUUGUUGACAAAAAGAAGGCAAAACUGUAGUCAUUUUUUUAACAACUACUCCCGGCAACCAUUUUACAAAAGGCGAAAGGUAUUCUAGAAGCUGAUAAGUGGAUCAACGUCACACUGCAAACAGGCGGUGGUUUGAAAAUGCAUGCUUGUUAAAAUUUAGACAGUUCGUUUCUGGGAUGAAUAGUUUGAUGAUGUAUUAUUUAUCUUUGACAAUGUGUUAUACUAUGAACAGAACAGAGCAACUAAAUUGAUCAAACAAUAUUUCAAAUCAUAUCAUCAACGGAACGAAAUCGAAGAAA